AGGUAGACCAAGAAAGAUUUCAGCCACAACUGCCAGAAGAAUUGUUCGUGAUACAAAGAAAAACCCACUGGUAACCUCAGGAGAAAUACAGGCUGCUCUGGAAAAAAGACGGUGUGGUUGUUUCAAGGAGCACAAUACGAUGAUACUUGAACAAAAAUGAGCUGCAUGGUCGAGUUGCCAGACAGAAGCCUUUACUGCGCCAAUGCCACAAAAGAGCCCGGUUACAAUAUGCCCGACAACACCUUGACACGCCACACAGCUUCUGGCACACUGUAAUUAGGAGUGAUGAGACCAAAAUAGAGCUUUAUGGUCACAACCAUAAGCGCUAUGUUUGGAGAGGGGUCAACAAGGCCUAUAGCGAAAAGAAUACCAUCCCCACUGUGAAGCAUGGUGGUGGCUCACUGAUGUUUUGGGGGGGUGUGAGCUCUAAAGGCAUGGGAAAUCUUGUGAAAAUUGAUGGCAAGAUGAAUGCAGCAUGUUAUCAGAAAAUACUGGCAGACAAUUUGCAUUCUUCUGCAUGAAAGCUGCGCAUGGGACACUCUUGGACUUUCCAGCAUGACAAUGACCCUAAGCACAAGGCCAAGUUGACCCUCCAGUGGCUACAGCAGAAAAAGGUGAAGGUUCUGGAGUGGCAUCCCUUACAUUAUCAAGCCACUCUGGGGAGAUCUCAAAUGUGCGGUUCAUGCAAGCCGACCAUAGACUUUGCAUGACCUGGAGGCAUUUUGCCAAGACGAAUGGGCAGCUAUACCACCUGCAAGAAUUUGGGGCCUCAUAGACAACUAUUACAAAAGACUGCAUGCUGUCAUUGAUGCUAAAGGGGGCAAUACACAGCAUUAAGAACUAAGGGUAUGCAGACUUUUGAACAGGGGUCAUUUCAUUUUUUUCUUUGUUGCCAUGUUUUGUUUUAUGAUUGUGCCAUUCUGUUAUAACCUACAGUUGAAUAUGAAUCCCAUAAGAAAUAAAAGAAAUGUGUUUUGCCUGCUCACUCAUGUUUUUUUUUUUUAAUGGUACAUAUAUUGCCAAUUCUCAAAGAGUAUGCAAACUUUUGAGCACAACUGAAGGAAAGACCUUAGCUUAGAAUGUGUCAAAUACACUACAUGCAUCACCUGUGUCUUUCAGAGCAUGCAUGUAACGCCAAGGCCAGUUGUGGUCUGAUUAACAUAUACAUGCUGGAAGAAGCCGAGCUGCAAUCGCAUUAUCCAGAUCUGUAAAUCCAACUUUGCAAAAAUUGGACUGGUACGAUUUCAGUCAGACUAAAGCGUUUAUAUAACAUUUUAAAAAGACAAAUUAUUGUUUUAAUCUGAAAUCAAACUUUUAAAGUGCAUUGAAACGUACUGAGUGACGCGUGUGGAUGUCAAGAUUUUCACGGAAAAUGGCUUACAUUUCGAGUUGUUUCUCACCAAAAAAUAACGUAUACCUAUGCAAGACUUGGAAUAUGAGGUAUGAGCUGCAUGGACUACAUUUGUGCUAUUUUUUUAAGCUUUGAAGUGAGUCAUUAUCAACUGCCAUUGGGUUGAAUAGACAGAUCAGGAUAUUAAUUAAAUUAAAAUGUGUUCCGCAUAAGAAAGAAAGUCAUAUGGUUUGGAACAACAUGAGGGUGAGUAAAUGAUGACAGAAUUUUCAUUUUUGGGAGAACUAUCCCUUUAAGGAUUUUCUGGGGUUUGGUUACUUGUAUGUACUGUAUAUGAUAAGUGUUGAUAGAGGUUUUUUUUGUUGUUGUUGUUUUUUUAAAUGCCAUUUGUAACAAUUACCUCUUCAAUUGAACCCUCAGCAGCUGGGAAUGCACAGGACAGAAACAAGAAACAGACAGCAAUGCAGUGAGACCCAACACACACAAAUGCACACACUACAGUUCCAAGUUCAAAUACAUUACUAUAUAUAAUCUUCCCGUUCUGCCACAUGAACACUAUUGCAGUAAAAAAGGCAACAUGAAAGCAGACAGCCAGCAGAAAUAUCACUCUGUCGGGGGGCCGACCACAGGGGUCCUUUAUUAACACUGGGAUCCGUUUCUAGCACAGUUCAACAUAUGCUUCCAAUCAGUCUGAAGUAGCUUUGUAACUCGAGUUAGCAAACUUUUCUGUGUUUUCAUCUGUCAACCCAAAGUAACAUCUGCUUUUUAGUCCCACUUCUCAGAUUACGAGUGUACCCGAAUGGAUGUGGGGGCCAAACCUCAGAAGACACCAGAUGGUCCCUCUCUCAAAGACUGCCAACUGUUGGAGAGGGUGUUGAAAAAAAAAAGUUACAGCCAUGAACCACCUGUAAUUCCAGGUCGCUAUUCCCAGGGAUCGACCUUGGGUGAGCAACUGAGACAUGAAAUCAACAAUUCCUCAGACUGGCAAAAGGCUCGUCUGUUCAGCUUAAAUUAAAAUAUUAAUUAUCUGGUCUCAUCCAUAAUCUAGUUUCUUGACUAUAGGUUGCCAUUGGACAUAAGGAGGACAGAUUCUUUGUCCUUGUGACAAGAACUGGUGGACAUUCACGAACAGAUUAAAAUGGCAAAGUGGUUAAAAGACUAUUUAAGUUUCGGGAGCAAACGGGUGCCCCCACAACCGCCGAAACCAGAUUACACCGAGAGUGAGAUACUAAAGGCGUAUCGAGCACAGAAAAACCUGGACUUUGAAGAUCCUUAUGAAGACUUUGACAACAGGAUUAAAAAUGACAAUGGCUUGUCUGAAGCGCAUCAUAUGGGCUUUGGCUCUCCUCUGAAAUCCUCCAGUCUGGAUAUCAAGGUGGUUUCACCGAAGCAUCGCCUCAUAAAGGUGGACUCGCAAGACCUGGGACGGAGCAAGAUUCUCCUGAGCUCUGUGUCGUUAGAGGAACCAACGGAUCCGGUGAUCCCCUCAGCUCCAGUCAUGGGCGAUGCAGACUACUCCGACCCCUUUGAUGCUUGUUCUGAAACUGUCCAGGGACCGAUUACUCCUGAGUACAAUGGCUACAUGGAGCCCUAUGAGGCCCAAAAAGUGAUCACAGAGCUACAGAGAAGAGCUGGUGGAGGUGGCUGGGGCAGAGGUGAGGUGCAGCUCUACGACACACCAUAUGAGGAGCGGGUCCCGGGGCAGCCAGAUCUGCCGGAGGAGGGUAGGGAGAGCAGUCUGCCGCAAGAUGACGAGAGGCCAGCCGACGAAUACGACCAGCCAUGGGAGUGGAAGAAGGAACAUAUCUCUAAGGCAUUCGCAGUACAGUUUGAGGGUGCUGAGUGGGACCGUUCCUCUUCACCCAAAGAGCUAUUGAGAUCAUGCAGGCCUCCACCAACCACAGGCAGCAUGAAGCUCCGCAAGCCCAGCGACCCUCAUUCCAUGAUGGGGGAGAGAGUGGACCCUACCCAGCCCCUGGAGAAACAAGUGUGGUAUCACGGCACUCUGUCCCGUUCGGAGGCGGAGUCACUGCUGACCCUGUGUAAGGAGUGUAGUUAUCUGGUGCGAAACAGCGAGACCAGUCGCUCGGACUACUCUCUCUCUCUAAGAAGCUGCCAGGGUUUCAUGCACAUGAAGUUCAGCCAGUCCAAAGACGGUCGCUACAUUCUGGGCCAGAACAGCCCGCCAUUCGAAACCAUCCCAGAAGUGAUCCACUAUUACACCACACACAAACUCCCAAUCAAAGGAGCCGAACACUUGUCCCUUCUCUUCCCUGUGCUGGUUCAGACUCUCUGAUUGGUUGAAGCACUGCAGGUCUCAACGACUUUGACUAUGGAAUAUGCCACUGGGGAUGCAGGUUUCUUGAAUGAACAAUCAAAAGAACAAAUGUUCAUCCACUCAGUGGUCCAACAUUACACUUUAUAAAACAAAGGAAAUUCCAUUGGGCAUAAAGAGUUUCUUGGAUGAACAGUAAUCCAAUCUGGCAAAACAUUUACUCACUUGUUGGUCGGUCAUGUUCUCUGAUUAAAAGAGCAUGUGGUUGAAAACGUCAACCUCUACAAUUGAACUUCUUACAUGUCCGAUUAAAUUACAGCUAGAUCUGUUCACAUGUCAUUUCAGAUUCUUGUUAAUAACACUUUACAAUCUCACUUGAAUGACCCUUCUGAGAACUAUAUAGGACUGCCGGUGACUAAACCUGUUGCACAGCCUUCGUUAUUCUCCGAUGGGAUUGUGGGCUUGCUGCUGCGAAUGUUCAUUGAUUGAUUAGCAGACUCUUAGGUCAAGCAUACAGGACUCUGCUCUUUAAAGCUGCUCUUUAAAGCAACAGUUUCAAACUCUCUUUAAACUUUGUGAAGCCCUUUUGGUUCUUAUAAGACCCUUGAGACAAAUGCUGUCUGGUCCACUCAAGAAUGUAGUCCCUAGAAAUCCAUUAUGUUUGUCUCAUUUUUAGACUUCAACUUCGUCAAUGUGGUUGGUCUUAGAUCCGUGCAUGUUGGUAAUGUUUGCCUGCAGAUUCUUUAACAGUAAUGGAUACCAACCAUGAUCUAUCAUAGAGAUUUUCCUGUUAUUGAUAUAUUAGGACACCGACACAGUAAAAUGUUGAAAAUGUGUUUCUUAGCUGCUGUAUUUUAAAUUGAUUUACAUGUGUUAUAUAAUAAAAUUUCUAAGGAGUGA